AUGUUAAGUUCACGCUUAUUAGGCGUUAUUCUAUUAGUAACGGGCUCAUAUGCCCUUUACGACUCAUCAUCUGAUGUUGUACAACUGACACCAAGUAAUUUUGAGAGACUAGUUUCAAAUUCCGACGAAGUAUGGAUCGUAGAGUUCUUUGCCCCUUGGUGUGGUCAUUGCAAAAAUCUUGUUCCAGAAUACAAGAAAGCCGCUAGAGCGCUAAAGGGUAUAGCUAAAGUAGGAGCAGUAGAUGCAGACCAGUAUAAAGAGUUGUCACAGAAAUAUGGAGUUUCUGGUUUUCCCACAAUCAAGGUGUUCACUGGCAGUAAGCAUACUCCUUACCAAGGACAAAGAACAGCUGAGGCAUUUAUUGAUGCUGCACUCAAAGCUGCUAAAGAAAAGGCAUAUGAAAACCUUGGCAAAAAACCAUCAGGAUCUUCGGGCAAGUCCGAUGUGAUUGAACUGACGGACAGCAACUUCAAGGAGUUGGUUCUGGACAGCGAAGAUAUGUGGCUGGUGGAGUUCUUCGCGCCGUGGUGCGGUCACUGCAAGAACCUAGAACCGCACUGGGCCAAGGCCGCCACUGAGCUUAAGGGAAAAGUAAAACUCGGCGCUCUGGACGCGACAGUGCACACAGUGAUGGCAUCCCGCUACCAAGUGCAGGGCUAUCCCACAAUCAAACUGUUCCCCAGCGGCAAGAAGACCAGCGACUCGGUGGAGGACUACAACGGCGGGCGCACCUCCAGCGACAUCGUCAACUGGGCCAUGGAGAAGCUGGCCGAGAACGUGCCCGCGCCGGAGAUUGUGCAGGUGGUGGGCCCGGACACAAUGCAGGCGUGCGCGGCGGCGCCGCUAUGCGUGGUGUCGGUGUUGCCGCACAUCCUGGACUGCGGCGCGGCGUGCCGCGGGGACUACCUCGCCGUGCUCGCGCGCCUCGGGGACAAGUACAAGGCCAAGAUGUGGGGAUGGGUGUGGGCAGAAGCAGGUGCUCAAACAGCAUUGGAAGAAGCUCUUGAACUCGGUGGCUUUGGAUAUCCAGCGAUGGCAGUCGUCAACGCUAAGAAACUCAAGUUCUCAACUCUAAGGGGAUCAUUCUCUGAGACUGGCAUUAAUGAAUUCUUAAGAGACCUGUCUUUCGGGCGUGGACAAACCGCACCAGUGAAAGGUGCUGAGAUGCCCAAAAUAGUGACCACCGAGCCCUGGGACGGCAAGGACGGAGAACUUCCCCCAGAAGAAGACAUUGAUCUCUCUGACGUAGAUCUGGAGAAGGAUGAACUA